GGCAAGCCAAGCCAGAAGGCAAGCAACAAGGCAGCCAGCCCGCUGAUGCUGCGUGGCCAGUUUCACACCCACCACCCACACAGCAGCACCAACACCACACCUCCUCCCAUCCAUCCAUCCACACCAACAUCACCCUCGACCGUCGUCAUCACCAUCAGACCUCUUCCCCCCCCCUUACUGCUGAUCAGCGUGGUGUGAUCACUCUCCCUCCUAUUUUGGUUGCUUCCUUCUUCGUCAGCCAGAGCUGGUGGUGAACUCGCAUCGAAGACUCACGCUUCCACCCAUCCAUUUUCUCCUCGUUCAGCGACAUCGACUGGCACCACUCCCCCGAUCACCACAACAACUCCCUGUUGCGGCCCUGUCUUGCCCGCUCAAGAACAUGUACUUUUCCAUGUUCGACUGGACCUCCUCUGGACGCCGGCAAUGGGCAUGGACUCCCCAGCGUUUCCGCCAACACCAACACAACCAGCAGCACCAGCUGCCCCACCACGCGCCGCAUGAGCACGCCACGGCAUCCCCAUCGCCCGCGUCUACAUCGUCAACAGCUGCCGGAGACGCAGCGCCCCAUCACAGCCAUCACAAGAAGAAGGGCCACAAGCGCAAGGACAGCGACAUCCUGCAACCCAUGACCAGGCCGCUGGACGUCCCGCGCGACGACCCGUCCACCGUCGUGCUGCUCGAGUCCCCGGCACACACCAUCCACGUGGAUGGCAGCAGCAGCUCCUCGAUCAACUCCUCGACAGCAUCCUCCGCGGUGGCGCCCCACUCUGGCAGGCCCAGCAGGCAAGGCUCGUACUCUGCCGUGCUCAUCGAGGCCCCGCUCAGCCCAACCAUGCACCGCCGCCACUCAAACACAUCCACAGGCCACCCUGAGUCGUCGUCCUCUUCCUCCUCCGCCGCCGUCCCUGCCGCUCACUCAAGCACCGCCGGUGUGGCAACAACAGCAGCAGCUUCGUCCGCGCCAUCGGCCCUGCAUGCUACUGCUGCUGCUGUCACUACUGCUGCACAGAAACACACGGCGUCACCGCUGAGCCAGUCGAGCGACGCGCACAGGCACCACCACCACCACCACAGCGCUGCACCUGCUGCUGCCGCUGCUGCUUCUUCCACCUCCACCACGUCUGGAUCCAGCCUCUCCACCUCCGCAUCAUCGUCCACCUCUGACGAAUCACAGCACCGCCGCCACCAUCACCAGCAUCACGCUGCUGCGGACGAUGCCGACGAUGUGUUUGCGUCUCCGUCCCUGCUCGCAACAGCCUGGCUCUCGCUUGCUUCCAUCUUCGCUUCCGUGACUGCACCAACCGACCGCGCUGGUGGUGACGCCGAUGACAGAAUACGCGACGGCGACCACGACGCCAGGAGCGGCGCUGCUCCCUCCCGCGGCUGGCGAAUCGCCAACACCAAGCGCCGACAGCACCAAAGCACCAGCUCUACCAAGGGCCACCACCACCAGCAGCAGCACCAGCAGCACCAGCAGCAUGCGAUUGGCGGGUUUUGGCGUCCGCGUGGCGGCAAGACCCCGGGCCCACCGCGCACAUCGCGCACGUUCAAGCGCGUUGGCGCCAUGGUCUUGGCGAUUGCGCUCGUCUUUGCAGUGGUGCAGGUUGGGCUGUACCUGUCCAUGUCGGACACGUGUGCAGCAAAGCAGGGUGCUGGCGCGCACCAGUUUGAAGGGCACGUGCGGCCGCCCAUUGUGGAGUACUACAUCCACGGCCACGGCCGCGGGCACGCGUCGCGCGGGAAAACGGUGAUUGAGGCGCUGGAGCGUGUUGGGUACAAGGUGUGCGUGUUUGUGGACGACCACGUGGCAGACCUCGUGCGCACCGUGGGCGCGGAGACAGUGAGCGUCAAGUCGCUGCCCAUUGCCAACUCGGUGCACAGCGUGUGGGAGACGCUCAAGAUCUUUGUGUUCCGCUACCUGACGGACGCGGACUGCUCCAUCUGCGACCGGGCACACCACACGCCCGACCUCGUCAUCAGCGACGGCGACUUCCCCGGCGUGUGGCGCGCGUCGCGUGCAGGCAUCCCCGCCAUUGCGCUCGGCCACGGGUACCUCUUCAGCACGACGGAGAAGCCCGACCACGUGUCGGACUAUGCGUGGGGCCACCAGGAGGUGCUCAACGGCCGCACGACGCGUCUUGCGAAGUGCACCGUUGACGUCUCGUUUGUGCCGCUGACGCCGCUCAACAGCAACACGACCAUUGUGGCAAAACCGCGGCUGCGCGACGCCAUUCUGCGCACGGAGCGGGUGCUGCCGCCGAAGAAGAUGGUGGUGGUCUACUUUCGCGACCACGGCUCCGGGCAGCACAUCUUUGAGGAGCUCAACAAGAGCGGCUACGAGGUGCGCGCGUUUGGGCCGCAGAAGCUGGACACGCCAUAUGUGCACGUGCGCGCGUUUACGGAGAAGGACUUUAUCACGAGCAUGAGCGAGGCGAGCGCAGUGAUUGCCACGUCGGGCGACAACCUGAUUGCGGAGUGCAUGUGGCUGGGCAUCCCCAUGAUGGCCAUGUACGACGCGGCAGACUCGGAGCAGAUGCUCAACGCAGAGAUGUUUGAGCGCACGGGUCUCGGCGUCGCCUCGUCCUUCCAGAGCUUCACCCCAGACCGCCUGCAGUCGUUUCUCAGCCAGCUGCCCACCUUCCAGGCGCGCGCCAUGGAGCACCCGCUCGGCGCGUGGGACGCGCCCGACACGAUUGACGCUGCGCUCGAAUGCGUGCAGCGCGCGUCCCCGGUCGCCAAGCGGUGGCACAACUUUGCAGGCGGCGCCGACAACGACAUCACCGACGUGCACCGCCGCCACCUCUCGCAGCUCGCACGCGCCGUCUAGUGGCCUAGUGGCGUGUCGUGUGAUUGUGGUGGCGUUGUCGUGUGAUUGUGGUGGCGUUGUCG